UCGCCCAGCCCACGAGGGGGACGGGGAGGCAGGGAAGUUUGUCUCCGACCCAGGGCACUCGGCCCCCGGUGGUUGCGCCCGGCGGUGGGGCUGCUGGGGGGGAAGCAGGUGGCAGGCACCUCUGGCUGCUCCAUGGAUUCCGAUGUGGCCUCCCCCUCCAGCAGAGCCUCGACCCCGGAGCUGGAGGAAGCGGGCAGCCCCGAGCUCCUGUUCGAAGCCUUCUGCCGCGAGCCGGCGGCUCCCCAGCCGGGGCCCGGGGCCGGGGGGGAGCUGCGGGGCAGCCGGACGGGGCAGUCGGACGACCCGCAGCAGGAGCAGCGGCUGAAGGUGAACAGCCGCGAGCGCCGGCGGAUGCACGACCUGAACCAGGCGCUGGACGGCCUGCGGGAAGUGAUGCCCUACGCGCAGGGGCCGGCGGUGCGCAAGCUCUCCAAGCUCGCCACCUUGCUGCUGGCCCGCAACUACAUCCUCACGCUGAGCGGCUCCCUGCAGGAGAUGAGGCGGCUGCUGAGCGAGCUCCACGCAGCGCCCCGCAGCCACCCGCUUGCCCAGGGCCGCCCCCUGCCCCCCGCCGCCGGGGCGCAGAGCCUGCCCCCCUCGCCCUCCGCCUGCUCCGUGGCGGCCGCGGCUGGGUACCUGGGCUUCCGAGCGGCUCCGCAAGAGACUCACCGCACGGCAGCGGGGCCCCUGGGCCCCUUUUACAGACACUACUCCGGCUUGCCCUGCCUCUGCUCCUUAUGCCAGGCCGGGCCCCAGGCGCUGCCAAGAACGGCAGCCGCCCCGUCCUGCCUCCGGGCCAGCAAGUGAAGCCAGAGCCUUCCCCUGGCCACACAAGAGACCCAACGCAAACAGCUGUGCCGGACUGCUACUGCUCUGACAAGGAGAGGGGGGAUAGCGCUGUCCUGCCAUUUCCAAACCGCGCCAGUCUCCUCCUGAUCGUGGAACUGACACUUAUCCCCACAAGACUCUCUGACAUGCUCUGUAGCCAAACCUCCUUGUUCGUUUGUCAUCGGUUGUUUGAUCCCGGUGUCUCCCUCCCGCUGCUCUGCCGGCAGCAGGAAUCCUAGGACAGUUCCCAAGGCUGGCGAGACAAGAGUUGGAGUCAGGUGCCAUUCCGUUGUGACAUGUAGCUUUGCCUUUCUUGAGUAGCUGUUGUGAUGCAACGUAUCUGGAAUUUCAUUUUUACUGAAA